AUGAAAUACGGAGAAAAAUUAGAAAAGGAGUCUGUACCACAAUGGAGCCUCCAUAAUAUCGACUACAAUUCGUUAAAACACCACAUAAAGGUGCACACGACCAAGGACCAGGCGACGGCGAUCACAAUCCCAGGUCGCCAGGACACGGAGCUCACUAGGUUCGAGGAUGAGCUCUACACGGAGCUUUGCCGGCAACAUGACCGGAUUGACCUUUUCGUCACGAGCAAAGCCGACGAAAUCGCGCGGCGGCUAUUAUAUCUUUCAGAACAAAUACAUCGCCUUAUUGUCCGCUGCGCCGUUUCUCGCCGGGAGCGCAUGUCGAUGAAGCGGCAGCGUUUGUUCGCCAAGUACGAGCAAAACAGUUCACAGUGCGGAGAAGAGAUUCAGGCAUUGCGGCGCUUCGCGGAUGCGCAGGCCAUCGCGUUCCGCAAGAUUCUCAAAAAAUACCGAAAGUGGACAGGGUCGUCAGCUCUUGGAGCUCGAUUCAACGAUACUGUUCUCACGCACCCCAAGAGCUUUACAAGGCGUAACUUUUCCGAUCUGCAGUCCCAACUCGACGACUUACUCUCGGUACUACGGACGGCAUCACCCCCAGACCUCAGCGGCAUCGUGUCCCCCGCCCCUGAACCUGAGACACUCAACUCCACCGCAUCCGACAGCAUCUCGCCGAGCGAAACAAUAGUGGUCUCGGGGCCACAACAAGUCCAAGGCUACUGGAACGAGUACGACUAUGGCAGCGAGGCAGGUGACGCCGACCAGGGGUCCAACAGUAACUACGCCAUCUACGUAGACCCCAACGACGACCUGAAAUUCCCGGGAGUGGCCGCUUUGGCCGCAUUUUUCGCAGUCCCGAUUCAGAAGGUGAACACUUGGAUGGGCCGCCCGGACCAUCAUGGGCGAGAAACAGACACCGAACAAGGCCGUCUGCUAGGACCGCUAGCCGAAAGUCUCCCGAGUACUUAUGGCGGGACAGACCGCGCGACUUAUUUUGCUUUUCCCCCUGGGAGCGGUGCCGAUCCGGUCGGCACCCACUCGACAUCUACGGGCGGUGGCGACAACGAACAAACUACGUUCUUCGGGGACCGGCGAAGCUCGCAAGGCUAUGCGUCGUCAGAAGAGUUCCCAACAGCCGGGUACAUGGCGCACUACGCGGCGUUGCCAAGCAUCAGCGAACAGAACUUGGCUCGGUACCGCGAGCGCGUGCUCUUCUGGGGCGCCUGGGGCUGCUUCGCCAUUUCAUUUGUGCUCAUGGGCAUCGCGGCUAUCCUCAUCCUAGCCGGCCGCCACAAGUUACGCCUCGAGGUCGAUGCCGGAGCCACACUCGGAAUAGUCACAUCGCUCGGUGCCGCCUCCGCAGCUCUCGGCAUGACGUGGUCCCGCCAGGACCGGUUGGCGUGGCCCGCCAAGCUUGCCGUGUGGGUUACGUUUUCCGUCGUCUGCGCCCUAAACGGUGUGUUGCUCGUCCUAGUGGCAGGCAAUGCCCCUUUAUGA